GCUCGGUGCUUCAAUUCAGUACAGUGGAAGGCAGUCAUGUUAGAGGAGCUGUAGAGUUGACAAACUUUAAAGCAGCAAGUAUUUCCUAGUCUUGUAAUCUGUUUAGUCCCGGAGCCACAGUUAUGAAGACCAUACUUGCUGCCUACUCCGGUGCCCUAAAAGGCACAGGCUAUAGCAUCCUCUCGUCCCUGCAGGACCUGCCCUCCCCUCCAUGGCCUGCCCUUCGAUCCAAGCUGGAGAAACACCUUCAGGUCAUCGCAGUUCUUCAGUGGGUCAUCUCCUUCCUCGCCAUGGGCAUCAGCUGCACUGUGCUGUUAAUCUACAUGUUCUGCACAGACCUCUGGGUGAUCGCUGCCAUGUACACUACCUGGCUAAUCUUCGACUGGAACACCCCCAAACAAGGUGGCAGGAGGUCCCCUUGGGUGAGGAAUUGGACUGUGUGGACUUACUUCAGAGAUUACUUUCCCAUCAGGCUCAUCAAGACACAUAACCUGCUGCCCAGCCGAAACUACAUCUUUGGGUACCACCCCCAUGGGAUCUUCUCUUUCGGAGCCUUCUGUAACUUUGGGACUGAGGCCACUGGAUUCUCCAAGAAGUUCCCGGGUAUCAAGCCUUCUCUUGCCACCCUGGCUGGAAACUUCCGGAUGCCAGUCCUUAGAGACUAUCUCAUGUCUGGGGGUAUCUGCCCAGUGAAUCGUAACUCCAUCGACUACCUCCUCUCUCAGAAUGGAACUGGCAACGCAGUGGUCAUCGUUGUCGGGGGAGCAGCAGAAUCUCUGAACUGUGCUCCAGGCAUGAAUUCUGUCACCCUGAAUAACCGCAAGGGCUUUGUGAGGCUGGCCCUCCAGCAAGGGUCUGACCUGGUGCCGGUCUACUCCUUUGGGGAGAACAAUGUGUACAAGCAAGUGAUCUUUGAGGAGGGAACCUGGUGUCGGCUAGCUCAGAAGCGGCUGCAGAAGAUUCUGGGCUUUGCUCCCUGUCUGUUCCAUGGCUGUGGCCUCUUCUCCGAUUCCUGGGGAAUGGUGCCUUACAGUAAACCCAUCACCACCAUCGUGGGUGAACCGAUCACGGUACCAAAGGUUGAGGAGCCUACUCGGGAUAUGGUGGAACUGUACCAUGCCAUGUACAUCAAGUCCCUCAGGAGCCUCUUUGACAAGUAUAAGACCCGCUUCGGAUUGAAAGAGAGUGACAUCCUGCACAUCCAAUGAGGAAAGAGUGAGUGGGACCCCUCGGAACCUUGUUCAGCCUCGACACCCCAUUCACGUGCAUGGCUCUGAUUGAUUGUCUCUGGAAUUCAAUCGAUAUACAUAAAGUUGUGGGAAUAAACCCACAGCGCUCUCAUCCUCGUCCAGUAUACAAGGCUCACGUCCCUACUCCACUCAGGGUGAAAAUGGCAGGUUUUAGGUUGCCUUACUAUUCUCCUUGACCUAGUCCUUGCCAAUAGCAAAGUUGACUAACUUAAAUGUCUCCAAAUGGAGUCUCUUCAGCAUAUGUCACAUUUAUAGAUAUGUUCCAUGACAGAAGAGAUGAGUAUAGUUUGAUAAGAUACGAUCACUUGCAGUGUGGAACUCCCACUAGGUGGCACUAGAAGGUUAUACACACAAGCACCAUGUUUGUUUCCCCCAAGCAUCGAUGUAGCUGUCACAUAUUAGGCCCUAAACAAAGUUCAAUAUCAGAUGUUUUGAGGCCUUUAUUUAUUUUUUGCUAAAUGCACAAACAAUGCAAUUGUAAUGGUAUGGUCUCACUGAGAAGUUAAUAUAGUGUGGUAAUUGAGCCAAAGAGCUGACGGGUGUCCCCUCCCAGCACACGCAUACUUUAUUGAAACUGGAAGGUGAAGUAAUUCUAAUGGAUUUAGAUUGUAAUUAUAUGAUGCCACUAAGUAUUGUAUUAUGUAAAUAAGAAAAAACCUGUCCUCCCUUGUCGAACGGAACAAUUAAAAAAAAAAAACGUUUUAAAAUUAAUAUAUUGAUGCACUUUUUGUAUUUGUUACAACCCUCUGAGGUACUUCUCUAAAAUGUGCCUUAUUGAAAAAUUCCUGUCACAUUUUUAUUGACUGGGCUGCAGAGUGUUUAGUGCCUUGAUGACCCAUGUACUGUAGUUGUUGACGAUUUUGAUGAUGUAAGAACAGUUCUUCCUCCACACAGAGGGCAGAUCAGUGAUGAAUGUCAUGAAAAGAAAGGGAUUGUAAAGCAUGUGCCUUGUAGAAAUAAAAUACACUUAUUGUGGGGUUCUACUCAAUUGAGUAAAAUGGCAAAUGUACAGUUUAAGGGUUUUUCUAUCACACAUUUGGAUUAGAGUUAAAAGUCAAACUCCCCUGGUAAUUACCAACAAGUGUUUGAGAAAUUACUGGGCAUAUCAAGUCUAUCGUCUUGCCAAUUAUCUUAGGUGCGGGACUGUUUGUAUAUUAUGCAAGAUGAAAAGACUACAAUUAUUAUGCAAGAUGAAAAGACUACAAUUAUUUUGCCAUGUGGUGAAAUGUUGAGGUUGGUGAUGAGUGCUAAAUAGAAGUGUCAUUUGAAAUGUACAUUUUUCUAGCUUCAACAUUAACUUCUUGUAAAGAGCAGUAAACAUUUCACUCUCUUAAUUCAUGUGCAAUAAACAGCAGCCAAUGCCUUUAUGUUGUGAAUGAAUAGCUUGAGCAAAAUCUGUCUCCUUAAAUGAAACUUUAUGUUUUUAGAAUAAAACUUAACAUGUCUUCGUAAA